AUGCUGGAGGUGUGUCCUGUUCCUGCAGCGUGGACACCUCCCACGCCGUGGGGAAGCACUCCUGGUACCGGCCGCUGGGUUAGCUCAGCAUCCGGCUGCUCGGCAGGUGGGUACCGGCACACCGGCCCCCGAAUGAGCACGCACUCGGGGAUACGGCCUGAGGACCCAUCCCUGCACGGGCAGCACAGGACGGAGGAGUUCCAGAAGGUGAACAUCCUGAUGAAGGUGCCUGCGUUAAGGGAUGGUUCUUUCACCUUAGCAGAGAGCAUUGCAAUCCUCCUGUACCUGGCCCGGAAAUUCAAGACUCCUGAUCACUGGUACCCAUCUGACCUGCAGAAGAGGGCUAGGGUGGAUGAGUACCUGUCGUGGCAGCACGUCAACAUCCGUGGGAAGGGGAGCAAGCUGUUCUUAACUAAGGUGCUGCUGCCUCUCCUCACAGGCCAGCCACUUCCUCCAGAGAAACUGGAAGGUGUUACUGAAGAGCUGAACAUUGUCCUGAAGCAGUUUGAGGAGAAGUUCUUGCAGGACAAGCCCUUCAUUGCAGGCAGUGAGGUCUCCCUGGCAGACCUUGUAGCACUGGUGGAGCUCAUGCAGCCCGUAGGUGCUGGCUAUGACCUCUUUGAGGAGAGGCCGAAGUUAGCAGAGUGGCGCAGGCGGGUGGAAGAAGCAGUGGGGAAGCAGCUCUUCCAGGAAGCCCAUGAAGGGAUUUUGAACAUCAAGAACUUGACCGCUGAUAAGAUUGCACCUGAACUGCUGGAGCAUUUCAAGCAGCAGCUCCUAAAGCAGGCCAGCCAGUAG